AUGUCAGGUAUAUUUACGGACACUGAGAUGAAUGAGCAAUACCAGGAGAACGAUGACUUUAACCAACAAGAAGAGCUAGUAAGUGACCAAGAUAUGAUGGAUGAACAGAAUGAAUUCGAACAAGAUUUCAGAGAUGAAUUUACCGAGGGAGCGUUUUUUUCUGAAUCUGAUAUGUCAGAUUAUAUUGUUGAAGCCGCUUAUGCGGUUGACUCCGUGCAAGACAUUACAUCUUUGAAAUUUAGUGAGAAUUUUGCGGAGGAAAUUGGCAAAUACCACUUUUCUACUUUGCAGCUUGCAUUUGAUUUUUAUAUGAAGUACUCAAAGUCGAAGGGCUUUAGUGUAAGAAAGAGCAAGACCUUCAAAAAUAGUAGUUGCGAGAUUUACAGACAAAUGUUUGUAUGCCAUAGGCAAGGAUUCAGGAUGGAGAAAUAUUACACGAUGGAAAAAAGGAAGAAGGAGCCUAGAUUGGAAACAAGAACUGGAUGUAAAGCCCGAAUGGAUGUUAAAUUUGUACCAGAAAGUGGAAGGUGGCAUAUCUUUUAUUUCUCUGACCAACACAACCAUGAUCUAUUGGAUACACAAUUCAGUGCUAUGUUGCCUGCCCACAGAAAAAUGUCAGAGGCAGAUAUUAUGCAAAUGAUGAACAUGCUAAAGUCAGGGAUCAGUACCUCACAGAUAUUUGGUCUUCUAGCUAGUCAGGCAGGCGGGUACGAAUUUGUUGGCUAUGGUCCAAGAGAUAUGUACAAUGAGAUUGCACGGCAAAGGCGUCAAAUUCCUGGAGAUGCAGCACGAGUGUUGAAGAAGUUGGAGGAUAUGCGGUUGAAGGAUCCCCAAUUAUAUUUCAAGGCAUGUCACGAUUCAAGAGGUUUGUUACGUAAUUUGUUCUGGUCUGAUGGGAUUAGCCAACUAGACUACCGACUCUUUGGGGAUAUUAUAGCUUUUGAUGCUACGUACAAGAAGAACAAGUAUAGUUGUCCAUUAGUAAUAUUCAGCGGGGUUAACCACCACAACCAAACAAUUGUUUUUGCUGCUGCGUUAAUUGCGGACGAAACUACUGAUACAUAUGUUUGGCUCCUGCGUCAGCUCAUGUUUGCAAUGAGGGGAAAGACCCCGACCUCAAUCAUAACUGAUGGGGCCAUGGCGAUUAGGAAUGCAGUGAGAGAUGUAUUUCCCGAAGUCAGACAUAGAUUAUGCGCUUGGCACCUUAUUCGAAAUGCAACUAGCAAUGUUGGAAAUCCAUCGUUUACAUCUAAAUUUAGAAAAAUUAUGACAGGAGACUACGAGAUUCCCGUGUUUAAGCGUAAGUGGGAUCAGCUUAUUGAAGAAUUUGGCAUUGAGGAUAAGCCCUGGGUGAUCAACAUGUACGAAGAGAAGCAUAUGUGGGCUACUGCAUAUCUAAGAGGAAAAUUCUUUGCUGGCUUUAGAACUACAUCAAGAUGUGAAGGUUUACACUCAGUUGUGGGAAGGUAUGUGGGGUCGCGGUAUGAUUUGACAAGUUUUGUAGAGAAUUUUCAAAGGUGUGUAGCACACAUGCGCUUUAACGAAUUUAAUGCUGAUUAUGAAUCUACACGUGGGGUGCCCGUCAUGCAAACUUGUAUAGAGCUGCUAGAGAGAUAUGCUGUUGAGUUAUACACUCAUGAGAUAUUUCUUUUCUUUCGGCCAUUUCUCUCCAGAGCUAGAUCAAUGCGGGUUCUGAACAUAGAUAAUACCGAUGAUUGCAUAAAGUACAUUGUGUGUAAGCAUGGGAGGCCCGAUUUUACGUGGACCGUUGAUUUUCGUCAAGAAGAAAUGAUCUUCAUGUGUACCUGUUUACGAAUGGAGUCAUUUGGUAUUCCCUGCGAACAUAUUGUGAAAGUUCUGGUUGACAGAGACAUCCGUGAGAUUCUCCGGUCAUUGGUAUUGGAUAGAUGGACAAAAAAGGUUAAAUCAGCACUCAAUGAUCCAAGUGGGUUCACCAGGGAUGCUGUUGUUAUUAGUCGUCAAAGUGCUUUGGUGGAAUUUUCUAAACAACUGGCUGCUGUUGCUGCUAAAGUACCAGAGAGAUAUGAAGAGACACGUGAUUUAAUUAUGGGAUUGUACUCAUCUUACAAGGCUGCAGACGAAGGAGAUAAUCAACCUCACUCAGGUGUAGCUAGAAGUAGCAAUCCGUAUGUGCAUCCAACCACUGGAGGCUCAGGACAGCCAUCUAAGAAGAAGAAGCGGCAACGUUGUAGUGUUUGUCAAAUGGAAGGACAUAAGAAGACAACAUGUCCUUGGCAAAAGGACAUUGACAACAACGUUAUAGAAAAUGAAGCAAUCGGUUCGGACGAUGGAGACAUGUGUACCGAAGCGACGGCUGACAAAGGAACCCUAGCCCUCCAUCGUCGCCGCCGCCGUUUCCAGUUCCUCAGCGCCGCCGCCGUCUCCAGUUCCUCAGCGCCGCCGCCGUCUCCAGUUCCUCAGCGCCGCCGCCGUCUCCAGUUCCUCAGCACCGCCGCUUCUUCCUCUUCCCCGUGUCCGGAACCCAGUAAAUCGACAGGUCCUCGACGGCUCUUCAUCUUAACUCACCAAACCAAAACCCUAGGUUCUCUCUGCAUUUUGCAACGGUUCUGCCGCAGUGCUGCCGCCGUCCGUGCUGUCGGCGCCGUCCGUGGCCUGGCCCUCUCUUGUAGCUCGGCGUCCUGCUUUCCCGUCAUCCGUCCGACCUCCGUGGCUAUCUCUGUUUUUGUUGGCUUGGAGCAACUUGCUGCCGUAUCGCCGCUCGCCGUCGUCUCCCGGGUAGCCGUCGUCUCCCUGGUCGCUGUCCGUGCCUCCAUCCAAGGUUAG